AGGAAGCGAAAGCAUAGAAUUUUGGCCUGGCCAUUGAUUUAUUACUCAGCAACUUGGAGUUUUCUCAAGGACAAAGCUAGCGGCCGAUAGGCCGCUUAUAAAUAAACAGAGCAUUUUUAUUUUAUUUUCGAUUAUUCAGUAUCAGUUUUCAUUCUUGGUGUUGGCUUUUGCAAAUCAACAAAUAUGAUGUUGACAUAUCGUUUCGUUCUUGCUGCGGCGUCCCUCAGCCUCCAGUCGGUUCUGGGCAGUUUUGUCAAAGGUAAAAAUGAGAAAAAGGACACCACCUUCCUGCCAGCCGAGAUCUGGAACCACGUGCACUCGUCUGGUAUGGAUGAUGUUUAUUCUCCCAUCUUUAUCAGACCAUGAUCGAGGCUCCUCCCUUAGUAGGUUGUGCGUUUGAUGUAGUGAGGGGAAUAGUAGGGGAGCCGUGAUCGUCUGGCCUUCGAGGGGAGAAAAAACAUCAUCCAUAUUCGGGGCGGACAAAGAGUUACCCCGCGGCUACACCUACGGCGAAAUGGAGACUACACGUAAAAACCUGGAAGCGUUCUAUCAAAAACUGAAGUACGCAGCAGUCGAUGAAUUGUUGAAACAGCGUUUGGGUUUGCCUUCGUCCUCUGAGUCUGUGUGUGCAUCAACGAACAAUACGGAAGGAGCUGCAAAGAUCGAACCUCCGUCCAAAGCGAUGGGAAGAGGAGGAGAACCUCCAUUCAAAGCGAUGGGAGGAGGAGAACCUCCGUUCAAAGCGAUGGGAGGAGGAGAACCAUCCAGCACGGCGAUGGAGGCAGGAGAACCGUCCAUCAACUCCAAGGUGAUGGAAGGAAAAAAACAACAUCUUCUUUCUGAGAUCAUCAAAAAGACUGUGCUACAAAAAGUCCUUAGACGCAAGGCCCGCUUGGGACCGGAACACCCCGACUCCGGAGCCGCGGUCGUAGAGAAACUUGCGGGCAGUCUUCUUGCUAGUAUUGAUUAAGGCACUUCUCGUUCUCACGAUAAUAAUUCAUCUUACACGUGUUACUUCACAGCCAAGUAGAAGCGCUCGCGAUGUUAUAAUUUAUCCUCUAAGUUGGUUACUUGUUCUUGCACUUCACAGCCAAUUAUGGCCUUCAUUCUGUUCUACGUUUUCUUCUUCAAACUCUGAGAGCAUGUCAUGUGGGUAGGAGAUGAAUUAAUAUUGUGACCGCUAAAUUCAAAACAAAAAAGAAAAGUACUACAAUCAGUGGUGCGAAUAUUUCUUUCCGCACAGGCUUCGUCGUGAACCGUCGCUUACGCUUCCGCUCUUCGAUGUUAAGGUCAGCCUUUAUCCAUUUUUCUCGGCAUCUUAGUACCCUUUUCCCUUGUAUUCUCAUGAAAUACAAGCUAAAAGGGGCCAAGAUGAGGGGACCGAGAUGCAUCCUAGCGCACGCUAAUCAUGGAAGCGCUUAUUGCAGCGCGCCGCAGGAUGGCGCCUUAUCCCCUUUGGAUUCAGGACACAAAGACUUUAACCCUCUUCUGCUACACGGGUGGCUCUCGCAGGAUGUUUUCACCAAAUUACUACUGCGACGUAAUACGACUUUAUGGCUACGACCUCAACGCAUGUCCUCAGUAUCUUCAUCAUCCUUGGAGGUUCAUCUUGCUCUACUUGAAAUAGAAGAAGCACCUGUUUCUAAAGAUAUAAUCAUGACUCGUGCAGCUCUUAAGGAAGAUGCUACUGCGGUAGCUCUAACGCUCUAACGCCUGUGCAGCCGUCUGCUUCAGCCAGCACUUCGUCGUCUGCCAGCACUUCGUUUGCCAGUGAGCAAGAGCUAGAGGCAAGAACGAGCACAACAUCUUCCGACGACGUAGUGUUUGAUAUAUUAAUGAAGAUUGAACGCGAUCACAUUGAGCAAGGUCCAGACGCGCGAGCUUUUUUCUUUGACAAUGUAAUUCAAAGAAACAACCCAAAUGCCUACUACCCGAAGGUCUUUUUCAGGCAGGAAAACAAACUCGAUCAAGAGAACGGCGCAGAACUGCCAUUCGAGGACGAAAACCUUGCAGAUUUGAUCCAACCCGAUGAAGAACGUAUUUCGGUCACGAUUACCGAAACUUGGCCUUGGAGGGAUACUUCUACCGAGACCGGCCGUCCUGGGUGGAAAAAAGAUUUUGAUUUGUUAAGGCAGCUACCGCUCAAGCAUGUCCUAGUCCUUAGUAUCAUCAUCCUUGGUUCUUCUUUUUCUACUUGAGUAGAUCGGAGCACUUAUUCUUUACAUAGACAUAUGUUUGGCUACAAAGGAGCACUUAACGGACCACCAAGGAUAUGACACUCGUCAAGGAAGAUGCUACAGCGGUAGCUCCAAAGAUGUGGAAUAUAGCUAGGGGUCCUCUACGUCUACGCCGUUAUACAACGCGUGGUCUUGACCACCUCCUCCGAUCCUGGGAAGACGACAAAACCUUCGACGAAGAGGAUAAAUACAACGAAGAUACUUUUAUCGAGGAUCAUAAAGUUGAAAACUCAUCUAGUAAGGGUGAAAAUUUUCGUCCCGAUCAUAAAGAUCAUACAGAUCAUAGUCGUGAAGCCGCGAAGAUCGCAAAAGAGCUUUCUUUCCUCAUCCUCGAGGCGCCGAACCUGUUCACCUCAAUGACUUGCAACCUGGAUGAAAAUGGCCUCUGGCAUUCCUGCAAAGUGAUGUUUUGCCAAUACACUUUAUAUUAAAAAGUAAUUAAGCAUUUAGGUACACGCUAUACUCAUAUGUUGUUGUUGUCGUCCACAUCUUCUGUGGUGAGCCCAAGAUGCUUUUCCACGAUAUGACACAGUGGUUGGCCCAAGAUGCUUUUCCACGAUAAUUUCCGUUGUCCAAGUAAGUAUAUGAAAAAUCCAUUCCACACAAACGGACGAGACAACCUCGCCACUUACAGCAGCUAACAAGAGAAGGAAUGUUACAGGGUGUGUUUGCGAAUGUGCGCAUGUUGGAGGACACAGCGAAUGCUAGAAGACACACUGCAAAGGAACUUUGAUGGAAGUGCCUUAGCGGUUCCACCUCCUCUACCGCCUAAGUGUGCCCCUGAUGAACAUUAUGUUGUACAAAAACGGACAUUUAGAUGGCCUGAGGGUGUCUCGAGUUUUUUCUGCAAAUUGGUUUUCCUUCUUUUUCUUCCACGAUCCAGCUUUU